CACGGCCUCCUCGUUCGGCAUGCGCUCCCUCCCCGUUCUGUUUCUCGCGGUCACCGCGGCCUCCGCCUUCGUCCCCCCCCUCAAGAACCCCUUCCCCGCCCUCUUCGGCAUCUCUCCUUGCAACCUCCCAUGCAUCGCUUCGUCUAGACCGGUUGCUCGCUUUGCAGGAUUGUCGAUGCAAGAAUUGGAUCCCAACAAGUGCUUCGUGAGCGGACUUCCCUGGGCAUUGACGUCGGAGGAUCUUCGUGACCUCUUCGCCGAGUUCGGGGCCAUCCAGGAUGCGAAUGUUGUUUAUGAUCGCGAGACUGGACGCAGCAGGGGAUUUGGCUUUGUGACCUUCGCUGAAUCAGCUGACUGCGAAGCCGCCAUCACCGCCAUGGAUAAGGCUAACAUUGGAGGAAGAACUGUCUUGGUCAAGCAAGCCAACGUGCGCGAAGCUCGUCCCGACAGGAACAGGAUGCGAUCAGAUUAAGUCGUUGGUGUGUCUCGUAUAGUUUUCCUUUGUCGAGAGUUUGAGUUGCAUGUAGCAUAGUGUUUUGCAUUUUUUCAAUGUUGAAUUGCUCGUUUCAUGAUGGCAAACUCAGCCAGAUUUAAAGCAUUCCCAAGUUGUGUGAGAAGUAAACUUGCUCUUUGAGUAA